AUGGCAGGCGAUGUCGGCGACGCAUUCAUUGAAGAGAGUGACACCGGGUUUCCAUUGAACAUCAUUCCUGAAGAUUAUGUUCAGCCUCCAUUGGCGAUGCUUUGGGAACAUACUGCGCAAACAGAGAUGUUAACUGCCUGUGCAAAUGUUCAGCCACAAAACCUUGGCAAAACCUUCGAUGAUGAUCUUGAUGCAAAGACUUUGGUUUUGGGCCAGUACGAAGAGGACAGCCAAGUCCCGGAGCCAUCGCCCAUUGCUGCUGAGCCCAAUUCUGUUCAGCCCAACAGUGAAACCUUUCAGGAUGGGGAAACAAGGGACUCUGAACGCCUCUCUGAAGCCGUGAUUGGGGAGUCCCAUGGUCCUGGUACUGAGCCUGAAAUGGCAGGGGAAGCCAUUGCUACUGGGGGUUCAAAUGAGGACCAGCUGGCUGGGAAUCAGCCCUUGCCUGGGAAGGCAAAGAAGCGUGAGCGAUCUCAUGAGGAGGUUGCAAAUCACCGGAAAACUUCACGGGAGUGGCAUUCAAAGUGGGUCAAGAAGGGUGUGCCCAGAACUGAGCCAGCACCAGCACCGCGGGCAGCUGAUGAGCCUUCAGAUCCGCCAGCGCCCGCUGCUCCCGAGAUCGAUGUUGACCCUGACAUGCUGCAGAAGGCCAUCUCUGGUGACAUGCGCUCUGUGAAGAGUAUGUUCUUGAAGCACUGGUUUGAGAACCACAAGGAUGAGAUGAAGAAUCUUUCGCAUACGGAGAAAUUGAAGAAUGGCACUGCAGCAUGGAUGGAGAGCAUCCUUCGCGCCCAAAUCAUGGCAGGCCGUAGUGGUAGGCAAUACUAG